CAAACACUGCAAAUUGCUUGCAAGAAAUUCACAAUUUUUCUCUUCUUUACAACUUCUACACGUUUCCUCACUCUUUUUCUUCUACUUCUUCUUCUUCUUCUUCUUCUGCAGAAUCAUCGUUAGUAAAGAAACUGCUUUCAUGGCUAUACCAUUUCACCCAUUUCUCUCUCACGCUACCUCUCUCUCUAAACCCCUCUCUUUCUCUCCCAGACUAACACCACCAACAGCCCUACAAAUUAAAACCCACAUACUAAAACCAUCACUCAUUAAGCCAUACCCAACAAAGUGCCAUGCAACUACUGAUCUGCAAAGCAGUAUUUUGCCUGGGAGCGGCAGAGGAGAAGAAGACGAUCACAUGGUGCUAGUAGGCCCCUCUAGCGAGGAGGAAAGGAGAGGGGAGAGAGUAGUGGCAGAUUAUCAUUGGACGGAGGAAUGGUACCCACUAUAUCUUGAAAAGGAUGUGCCAGAUGAUGCGCCUUUAGGACUUACUGUUUUUGAUAAACAAAUUGUUCUGUACAAAGAUGGAGAAGGUGAGCUUCGCUGCCAUGAAGAUAGAUGUCCUCACAGAUUAGCUAAACUAUCAGAAGGCCAGUUGAUAGAUGGAAGACUCGAAUGUUUAUAUCAUGGCUGGCAAUUUGAGGGGGAAGGAAAAUGUGUCAAGAUACCUCAGCUUCCUGCAAAUGCUAAAAUUCCCCGAUCAGCUUGCGUCAAAACAUACGAGGUGAGAGAAUCACAAGGAGUUGUUUGGGUAUGGAUGUCUCAAAAGACUCCACCAAACCUGAAUAAGCUGCCUUGGUUUGAGAAUUUUGCGAGGCCAGGGUUUCAAGAUACUUCAACUGUCCAUGAGCUUCCCUAUGAUCACUCAAUACUUCUUGAGAACCUCAUGGAUCCAGCACAUAUUCCAAUCUCACAUGACAGGACAGACUGGACAGCGAAAAGGGAAGACGCUCAGCCACUGUGUUUUGAGGUCACUGAACGAACAGACCGGGGGUUUGCAGGACGGUGGGGAAAGGAAAAGGAUAAUGGGUUGCCGAACUUCUUGAGGUUCGAAGCGCCUUGUGUUCUUCAAAAUAAUCGCGAAAUCAUCGAUGAGAAUGGUGAGAAGCAAUACUUUACUGGGCUUUUUCUUUGCAGACCAACUGGACAGGGAAAAUCUAUGCUUAUUGUGAGGUUUGGAGGAACAAAAAGAUCAUAUAUAGCCAAAUGGAUACCAAACUGGUACUUUCACCAAAAUGCAAGUAAGGUUUUUGAGCAAGAUAUGGGAUUUUUGUCAUCCCAAAAUGAGGUUUUAAUGAAAGAAAAAGUUCCUACAAAGAAUCUUUACCUCAAUUUAAGGUCUUCAGAUACAUGGGUAGCAGAAUAUAGGAAAUGGAUGGACAAAGUUGGACAUGGAAUGCCUUAUUACUUUGGGCACAGCACAAUCUCUCUCCCUCAAGUACCUGCUGUAGUGGAACACGCACCAGCUGGCCUUGUUGCCGGAGUUUCAGCUUCCUUGCCGGCAAAGGGUGGGAUUGGAACAAUGCACGCACCCAAUUUUGCCAACAGGUAUUUCCGGCAUGUAAUUCAUUGCAAGGAAUGCAGUAGUGUUGUUAAAGCUUUUGAUGCUUGGAAAAAUGGCCUUUCGGGUAUAGCUCUUAUAUUAACUGCAUUGGCUAUUUUAGCAUCAGGAAGGCAGUGGAAGUCAUUUUUUCUGGUAUCAGCAAGCUUAUGCUUAGCAGGAGUUUAUGGAUGCUCAACUGCUAUUGCGAUGAACACGACAAAUUUCAUAAGAACACAUAGGAGACUGUAAUUAGACUUUGUUUGGUAUCAAGUGUGUGUGUGUGUGAUGAUAUUAAAAUUAUUGUUGGCAAGAAUACUUACAGAUCCGAAGAAUAGUAACCCAAUCACUAUGAGUAAUCAAUGGAUAGAUACAAUUAUCCAGUGAA